AUGGUUUUCCCAGUUUGUGAGAAAGACGUUGACUACUCUCUCCAGAAGCGUGGAAUAAGAAGGGACCGCGAUGUUUGUCAACUCAGCCUUGCCACAAAAAAACUCACCAGUGUUCCUGAUUUAUCAAGAUUUCACUUUCUGAGGACGUUGUGGCUGAACAAUAACAAGAUUAAAGAGCUCAGCUGCCGUUCCUUCAACUGUUGCUUGACUGAGCUUUACCUUCAAAAUAACAACAUCAAGUCUGUCUCAGGUGCUCUAAGUCAUCUGACCUGCCUGCAAAUCCUGUUUCUUCACAACAACUGGAUCAGAGGGUUGGAGGACACAAUGCACGAGCUCAGGAGGAUGCAGCAGCUCCAUCCCAUCUCUCAUGAACUUUGCUAUCGCCACCAUGUGAUCCACAGCUUGCCCUCACUCCAGAUCUUAGAUGGAAAAGAAGUGAAGCCAGCAGAGAGGAAGACGUCGUUCCAGAUUUACAGUCAGGAUGGUCACCGCAUCCUCCAGUCUGUGGCUUUUGGAAGACGCCAAUCAUAG